UGACAGCCACGUGCAUUUUUGACCUCAUUUUCCGGGCGACGAAGGAAAUGUUGCAAUAAAGGGGAAGAAAUCCUGAAACAAGUGAAAUCUGUAUGAGGGGAACAUCCCAUACGCUCCUGAAUCAUUUACUUAUUUAUUGUGAUAUUAGGAGUUGAUUUCACAUGAUUUCUCUGAUUUUCAUGACAUGCAAUGCAUGACCCGACUCGCGUACCGAGGCGAUUUAGGAUGUUCUACUUUUACUAGGUAUGUGGGAUUUAAAUUACUUUCUUCUUUAUCGAUAGUGAUCUUAUUUAUUGAACCUUUAGUUUUACAACAUUAGCUUUAAGCUUCAGGAGUGGUCUUAAUAUAUAUUGAGGUUUCAUUUUGGACCGUAAAAGUCACAGUUGUGGCCGAAAUUAAGGCACUGAACUGUUAUUAUUUUUAGCCACCCCUUCAAAAAGUGUUGUAUUCCAAAUCCUGGGGGCAAAGUGCACAUGAUGUGGUGGUUCAUUGCACGAGGAAGUCGAAUGGGCAAAAGUCAGCGCGAAAUGUGAGUUUUUUUCUUAACAUUUCCUAAAAGUCAGUCGCUUAAUUUCAAAUGUAUAAUCGCCUGCACCUCGUAGAAGUUGAGUAGCUCAAAAUGGGUAGCAUAGCACGGCAAAUUUUGAAGAACGCGGGGUCCCGGAUUGAGGUGUAUGUCACUGCUGCGGACGCGGACAGAAACUCGGGCUUGUUGAAGUUCUGGACACAACUUGACCAAGAUGGCUUGGAACAAGUGGAGCAAUUGGCAGAACGGUUCCAAUUUAUCGCCCAGCAGUCCGCGAGCCCGCAGCCAGACCUCCUGGGACCGGGCUCCUUGUGCAUCGCCAAGUACUUGGAGGACAAUCGUUGGUAUCGCGCACAAAUCGAAAGCGCCACCGGAAAUGACGUCAUCGCGUUCUUCAUCGAUUAUGGCAACACGGAGAUCAUCCCUAGAAACCUGGUGCGGCUGAAGGAGUCGGUCGGCGAUGAUGUGUUUGCUAUUCCAGGGCAGGCUACCGAGUGUGUUCUCGCCGGAGUCGUGGCCAUUAUGCAACAUCGACACAUCAAGAUGGGGACCCAUGCAUACUUGAAAAGCACCUUGGUCGACCAGACGUUCGUUGGAGAGCCGUUACAACUGACAAAUGAUGGCCUGGAGAUGAAACUCUUCACAGAGUCUGGCGACAGCGUCUCUGAGAAGUUCAUCCUGGAUGAAUUUGGAGAGCGUAGAGGUCCUGGCGUUCCCAUUGACGCUGCUUCCGCACCUCAGAAGCAGGUGUCCAGAGGCUAUAACCAGAGCACCUUAGCUGUUGGCAGUUGCCAGAACCUCUACGUCAGCAAUGUGGCUUCCUUAAGUCAGUUUUGGGUCCAACCAGCAAGUAAGUCCGAAGAACUAGACAACUUGAUGGACAGCAUCAGCGCUCAGUAUGAUGGUCUUGGCCCUGCGGAGAAGGCAUUAGGAGCUGCUCAGCUGGGUAGUCCCUGUGUUGCGAUGUUUUCUGAUGAUGCUGUGAACUAUCGAGCAGUGGUGACAGAGGUGAAGGGGCCCAAACAGUGCACUGUCCAGUUUGUGGACUUUGGUAACUCGGAAGUCAAAGAAACAGCCAGUCUGAAGGCCAUUACUGAUGACCUUUUGCAGUACCCAGUCAUUGCUGUGGAGUGCUCACUGAGUGGUGUCAGUGCCCAGUCUAGUUCCCUAGCCGCUGUGGAACGAUUCGAAGAGUUGACUGCUGAGAAGGAGCUGAGUGGGAAGGUGGUUGGGAUGAAUGGUAAUGCUUGCUGUGUGCUGAUCUUAGACCCACAAGGCGAAGAGAAUGCCGACAUCAUAAGUGUGUUGGUGAAAGAAGGUCUGGCGUCUCGUUCUGCUGAGCAAUUCAACCAUCAAGCACCAAGUGGUGCCAAUCCAGGAGCUUUCAACGGAAGCGGUGAUGCAGGUGUCAGCAAGUCCUUCAUUGAUCCUCGAAUCAGCCAGGGCUCCAGGGUCAUUGUUGAAAUCAUCGCCAUCCGAGGCACUGACGACUUCUCCUGCCAGUUGAUGGAAGAUGCAGAAGCCUUCAACGCAAUGAUGGACAGACUGCAGGCAGAUUAUUCAGUAACCCCAACACAAAUGAGUCCAUUGAGGUCACCCGCAGUAGGCAAGCCAUGCUGCGUAAUGUUUGGGGACGACAACUGCUGGUACAGGGCCCUUGUGGUUUCCGUUGAAGGCCGACAGAUCAGAGUCCAGUAUGUUGACUAUGGAAACGGCGAGGUCGUUGAUGCUUCCAAGCUGAUGCAACUGAAGUCGGAGUAUUUGACUCUUCCACUUCAGUGUAUUGAUUGCAGUCUGGAUGGGGUACCAGCUUUGGAAGGAGUAGAGGCAGAGACAGCCAUCAACUGGCUUGACAAACACACAGAAGAGAACUUUGUGGCAACUGUAACCAGUGUACGAGGUGGCAAAUUUGCAGUUGUCUUAAAAUCUCAGGAGGCCGGAACAAUCUUAAAUGAUGAAAUCAAGAAAAUCCUGCCACGUCAGAGAACCGAAAAGAAAAUGAAGACUCCUCCAAGAGCAAAGCCUCCACCGGAAGCUCCCCGGCUGGUUCAGCGCACUCCUCCAAGAAACCAACCGCUUAACUCCUCGUCCACGUCUGUUGCUGAUCUUGGGUUUUGGACUGAAGUUAAGUUAGGUACCACUGAGACCGAUGUGUACAUUUCCCAUGUUGAAGACCCAAGCAAGUUCUUCUGCCAGUUGGUAUCUCAAGAGGGCCAGUUGAAUGUUCUGAUGGAUGACAUCCAUAACAAGUGUAUGGACUCCCAGCUGAAGCAGCUCCAGCGUGCCUGUGUGGGAACACCAUGUGUGGCCCAGUUCUCCGAGGACAGCAGCUGGUACCGGGGCGUCAUCAAGGACCAGAAGCCGGGUCUCUACAGGGUCUGCUUUGUGGAUUACGGUAACGAGGAAGAUGUCCCUCUUGAUAAAGUCUGCGAGAUCACAGCUGACCUCAUGUCCCUUCCACAGCAGGCUGCCUCUUGUUGUCUCAGUGGUUGGGACUUGACAUGGAAGGAAUACAAGGUCAUUCAGCGCAUGAAGAGCCUGGCAGCUGAGAUUGAGAAAUUCCGCAUGGUGGUACGUGAAUCAAAGGGUGCGUCUGUUGUACAACUCAAGUGGCAGGGCAAAGACAUGCUCCAAGAGCUCAGGAAAGUUCGAGAUAGCAUCCCAAAGGAAGUCAAACAACCACCAAAGGCUGCAACACCACCUCGACAGAAAGAGAGGCCUGUAGACAGCACCCCACCAUUCACACUUGCAUCUGCUGUUGAGAGUGUCAAAGUUGAUCAACGUGUCAUGAUGGCAGCCAGUGUUGCGAAAGGCCCCACGAAGUUCUUCUGCCAGCUGUGCUCCAGUUACGAUCAGCUCCAGGGCCUCUCUGCAGAGAUGAACAACCACUAUUCAGCCUCCAAACCCAGUAAGGACAUGCUGACUUCCGCUGUUCCGGGAGCCUUCUGUGCUGCCCAGUCAAGUGAUGGGGCGUGGUACCGGGCCAAGAUACUCCGUGAAGCAGGCCCAGGUAAAGUCAAGGUUAGGUUUGUGGAUUAUGGCGAUGACGAUGUUGUGGCUGUGGCGUCCCUGUGCACUCUACUGCCAAAGUUCAGGAAUCUUCCAACCCAGGCUAUCAAGUGCCGUCUUUCAGGCGUUAUGCAGAAAUUUGAGUCGGUGGUUGUUGACCAAGAGGUGAUGGCCACAGUCAAGAGCAAAUCUGAUGGGAAACUAGAGAUUGAAUACAUCGACGACGCCUUCCGUGCUAAAGUCCAAGAAAUUCUUGGUCCUGUGGUUCAACCUGUCCAAGUCCAAGGGGGUAGCCCACAAGUUGUUCCGGUGCCUCAACAAGGGUUCGCCAAGCAGGGAAUGCUUGGAGGUACAGAUCAAGAUGUGUACGUCUCCCAUGUGGACAACCUUCAGAAGUUUUAUGUUCAGAUGUGCGGUAGAAGCGACGAGAUCGACAUGUUGCAGCAAAAGCUUAAAACAAGUUACAACAGCGGCACUAGUGGCCCGCUCUCGUCAGCUGCCGUGGGAACAACGUGCUGCGCCAAGUUCUCCGAAGAUGGCGACUGGUACCGUGCAGUUAUCACCGGCAGUCCCAGUCCAGGCAGGGUCGUGGUUCAAUUUGUAGAUUUUGGCAACAGUGAGGAGCAAUCUGCAUCAGAUCUGAGACCAAUCAAGCCCGAAUUCCUUCAGCCAACUGCAGGUGCAGUAGCGUGCAGACUUAAAGACGUUGGCUCUUCAAGUCUUGACAUUGCCAAUGAAUUCCUAGAUUUGACAGUUGACAAAAGCAUGAAGUGCAUGUUCCAUGGUAGAGAGGAGCCAUAUCAGGUCCAAUUCCCAGCUUUACAAGACGAGGUUAAGAAAUGGCAGCAAGCUGCUGCAAAGGAACCUGCAAUGCCUUCUGCAUCCUGUCCUGCCCCGAAAACGUUGAGUGUAGGAAUGAAGGAGGAAGUCUACAUCUCCUCAGUUACCAGCCCAGCCAGUUUCUGGUGCCAGUUAGCCCAGCACGAAGGUACUCUGAAUGAAUUGAUGGAUUCCAUUGAUGCUCACUAUAGCUCCCUUACUCCUGGUGAAGGGCAGAUGAGAUCCCCAGUGGUAGGCGCAGUCUGUGUCGCUCAGUUUGCUGAUGAUGGAGGCUGGUAUCGAGCCAAAGUUACUGAGGUCCAGCCUGAAACGUGCACAGUGACUUUCAUUGAUUAUGGCAAUUCAGACAAAGUGUCCAAGAGUCUGAUCAUGGAUAUCAAAGAGGAUUUCCUUGCGGUAGAGCAACAGGCUGUACUAUGUAGUCUUGGUGGGGUGGGCCCAGUCAGUACCAGCUGGACUGGAGAGGCUUGUGACAGUUUUCUCAACCUGACCGGUGACAAGAAACUUCUGGCUGAGGUGGUUGCAGUUGAGCCCAGUGCCUCAUCACAUCAAGUGACCCUCUUAGACCUAGGCAUGAGCCUUGGCCAAAGCCUUAUUGAUGCAGGACAUGCAAGAUCUGUGCCUGUAACCACCAAAGCAAUCAGAUUUGCCUCUGAGAGUGACAACCUACAGGAUGCCCUUCACGGUUUUGAGAAGCUGAACAUCACUCAAGGCUCCACCGAAAAGGUCUUCGUGACAGUAGUGAACUCCCUUCAUGAAUUCUACUGCCAGAUGGCUGCAAGGGCAACAGAGGACCUGGAUCCCCUAUCAGAGAAGCUACAGUCAGAAGCUCCGUCCGUGGACAACAUGCAAGCUGGUAGUAUCCAGGGACUGCCAUGUAUCGCCAAGUUUUCGGACGAUGAGCAGUGGUACCGCGCAACCGUCCUGGCUGAGAAGGGCGACACAGUUGAUGUGUUCUUCAUAGACUAUGGCAACAAGGAGAGCGUCCCGCGAGACCAGAUCAAAGUCUUGACAAGCGACUUCUCAUCCCUGCCAGCGCAGGCGGUGAAGUGCGCCCUCGCCCUCAUCCCAGAAUCCUCCGCGAGUGAUGACGCAGCUGUCGCCGAGUUUGAAAAUGCGGUGCUGGAGGGUGAAGCCCUGACUGCUGAGUUUAUCAGUCGAAAGGGUACCGCCUGGAUCAUCAGACUCCUGAACGACGGCGAGCCGGUUGCAGAGGCAUUAGGCAUCAAGCUACAGGAUGAGAUUUCAGAAUCUGCCGAACAAGCUUUAACGCCAAGAAGCCUGAGCUAUACCUGGACUCCACUGAAGGCACGCCAAGUCGUGGAGGUGUUCGUCACUACAGUCAACAGCCCAGAGGACUUCUGGUGUCAGUUUGCCAAGUCUGAGGACGACCUGAACGUGGUGAUGGAUAACAUCCAGAGCCUUGUCAUUCCAAUGGGAGAGAAUCCGAGACCGCAGGACAUGCAAUUGAGACCUGGCCACGCCUGCCUUGCUCAGUGUACUCAAGAUGGCUUCUGGUAUAGGUCAGAGGUCACAGAGGUCGUUGGAGAUGCCGUCAAGGUCCUGUUUGUGGACACGGGGAAGACUGAGACCGUCUCCUGUAGCAAGGUCAGAGCAAUUGAAGCUGACUUCCUGAAGCUUCCAAGACAAUCUUUCAGAUGCCAACUAGCUGGGGCAUCGCCCAGGCAGCAGCAGUGGGAUCAAGACGCCGCAGAUGCCUUCAAGAAAAUGAGCUGUGAUCACUCUCUGAUGGCAGACAUUCUGAAAGUGGUCAGGACGGAGGAGGAUGCCGUUACACGUGCCAUAGUAAGUCUGCAGGACGGCGCUGUGUCAUUGUCUGAUCUACUCGUUGAGAAGGGUCUUGCAGAGGCAGUGGAAGUACCUCAGUACGCAGAGGAAGAGAUGGAGGAUUCUGUUUGUGAGCAGGUCCUGGAAGCAUCCCCGUGGGAAGGGCCAAAGUAUGAGCAGCCAACACUGCUAUCCGGGGAGAGACAGGAAGUAGUUGUUCUGUCAGUCACCAGUCCCUCAGAGUUUUAUUGCCGGGCGGCAGACAGUGAGGAGAGUGGGAUACUGGCCACGAUAACAUCUGAGAUGGAGAGACGUAUCGGAGAGAUGAUUGGCACAAGCAGGUUGGUCCCGGCAAAAGGCAUGCCCUGUGUUGCCAAGUGUGAGGAUGGGACAUGGCAGCGUGUGGAGAUCCUGGAUGUCGUCCCAAAUGGUAAGGUGAGAACCUUCCUGGUUGACCAAGCGCUGAUGCGGGAAGUCUCCAUAGACAACCUUCAGCUCAUAACAUCCACUCUGUUGGCCCUUCCACUGCAAGCUGUGAAGUGCUCGCUAGGAGCUACUCCAUCCGGAGCUGACUGGUCCGAGGCAGAUACUUUGGCUUUCAGAGAGCUUGUUGAUGGGAAGACACUUCAGGCAGAACUUGGUGAAGGAGGAGUUCAACUCUUUGAUGAGGAUGAAUCGGUUUUACAGACAUUGAUCCGGAAAGCAGAGGACAGGAAUGCCGAGAUUCUUGCAGAGUCUCAGAAGACACCUGAAGCAGGAAAUGACAACCAGCCAGAAGUCUCUAACCCUGAGGAAGAAGUCUCCGAGGAGGAAGAUGAGAUCUUCACAGAAGCAGAUAACCUUCCGGGCUCUUUCAAACAGGCCUUUGAAACACUGGACCUCAAGGCAGGCCAAGAGAUCACCCUGUGUUUGGUGGCAGUCGACAGCCCUGAAGAAAUCACCUGUCAGAUCGAUCAUGAAGAACAAAAAGUAUUGGACAUUGAACAGCGAAUGACCGAGGUCUAUGCAGAGAACACAAAACCCCUUCAGGAUAAGAACUGGGUUCCCAAGGUUGGAGAACCCUGUGCAGCUAAACACUCUGAAUAUGACGAUUGGUAUCGAGCCACUGUGGUGUCUGUUGACCAAGAGAUGGGUGUAGAAGUCUUCUACGCAGACUAUGGUGGGACUGACAGGGUUCUCCUUGAGAGUGUUCGCGAGUUGACUGAAGAUUUGAAACGGCUCCCAGCUCAAGCUAUGAGAUUCUGCCUGGAGAAGCCCCUUAUGCCCUUGACAAUGUGGAACAAGAAGACUAAAGCCAUCAUGGAGGGCCAAGAUACCGAGCGGGAUUUGCAUGCCAAGGUCAUAGAGGUCAAAGAGAAAGUCACAACGAUAGAAUUGGCUGAGGAGGACCACACAUUCCUAACCCACUUAGUUGAUCAAUCUCAAACGAGUUCUCUAGACAAUGAAGAGGAGGAUGGCGAUAGGGACGGAGAGUUCUUUGACGCGGUUGAUCAAGGUUCUACUGAAGGGGAUGAAGCCUAUGAGGUUGCCGAUGUAGACAGUGCUGUGAAGAGUAUACCUUCUGAGGCUGGUGCUUUGGUUGGUGCAGGUGAUGAUGUUCAAAGCAGCGUUGCAGCUGUCAUCGAUGAUCUCUUUGAGAAAGCAGCAGAGCAAGCAACAGCUGACCAGAGGGUAUCGGAAGUACAGGCUGGAGACACCACCAGAAGCAACAACGAAGGGUCUCAGGCUGGUCUCAAGCAGGAAGAAUCUGCAACCGAAGGUCCAUCAUUAAUUCCUCCAUCUCAAGGUGGAUCAAGGAUGAUCAGCAUGAAAGACAUUCUUGACCAAUUUGUAGACCACACCCUGCAGAAUUUCAGUAAAGAUGAGAAUGACGACGAAACUCAGCAAACUGAUGACCAAGAAGAAGAAGAUGAUGAUGACGUGGUUGAGGGAGAGGAAGCAGAUCAGCUUUCUGAUGACGGUAAUGAAGAGCAAGAGAUCAAGGAGGUUGUGAAUGGAGAUGUAGCAGUCGAUGAGCAAACCUCUGAGACAAACGGCAGUGAGACACCUGGUGAUGUACAAGAAUCUGAGGCCAAGUCAGUCCCAGAUGAUACAGAACUAGAAAUAGAAGAUCGAUUUGUCAACAAUACCAAAGAUUCAGAUGAAAAUCGACAAAGUGAGGUAUCGGCUAUGGAGCCCCAGUCGGAGGAACGAGCCCCAGAUGACGAUCCCACCAAGGAGCCUGAAUCAAUUGAUCAACAGGAAGGCCAACCAGGGUCAGUACAAAUUGUAUCAACAGAGGAAUCAGCUGAGCCGCAGAGAGAUGAGCUACAAGUAUCCGACACCCCAGAGGAUUCUGCCAAAGAAACAGCAAGUGAGGACUCUUACACAGCGGCACCAAAGGAUGGACAGGUGCCUGAUGAUCAACCUUCCAUCAACCAGGAUUCAGAGGCCGAAGAAGCGACCAGAGAAAACCCUGUUGGAUAUCAUUCACCAGACCCAGAGGUGGACACUGAGAAUCUACCUGAAGAUCAAGAUCAAGAGAUGGUCAAAGAAGACACAGUGGACUCCUUGCAGGUGGAUACUUCUGGAAAAGACCCUGCUGAAGAUCAUUCACCUGACCCAGUCGUUGUUACUGAGAGUUCAUCCGAUGAUCAUACUUCUGCAUCCGAGAUGGUUGAAGAAGACCAAGAGGGCUCCCCGCAGGAGGACACUGCUGGAAAAGACCCUGUUGAACAUCAUUCACCUGACCCAGAGGUUGUUACCGAGAGUGCAUCCGACGAUCAGGCUUCUGCAUCCGAGAUGGUUGAGGAAAACGUAGAGGGUUCCCUGCAGGAAGACACUGCAACUGAGGCAGUCGAAGAUGAAGAUCACCCUCCAGAUGAUGCAGCUGAAGCAGAGAGGGGAGAGCAAACCACACCUGAGGAAGAACAGACCUCUGCUCAGGAAAGUUCUGCAACUGAGAAGGCUGCCAGCGACAGCCCAGAUUUUGAAUCGAUAGAGAAACAGCCAGACUUCGAGUCUGAAUCUAAUGACUGAUCUGCAGCUACCUCAGAUUCAUGAAAAUUACAGUGCCUUAGUAACUAAUUCAUUUCAUUUUUUUUGUGGACGAGGUAGUUAAAUUUUAAUUCAAGUUUCAGAAAAAAAAAGGAAUUACUUUGUUAGAUGAAAGGGCCAGAUGAAGUACACUCAAGUAUUCAGAGAAAUGAGUGACAGAUUUCGAUGGCAGUCUUGUGAAAAUAGUUUCUUUUGCCAAAAUGUUGCCACGGAGUUUAAAAACCUUCCGACUUGUCGAUAGCUCUUGUCUCACCAGUGUGACAUGACUAAGUAUGCAAAGCUUCAAAUCAAAGACAAGCCACUUGUCUGUCAUCCUCAGACAUCCAGAAUUGUUUCAGAACUGAACACAGACAUAGCUAAGUAAUGUUGAGUUACAAGUACGCACCCCGUGUUAAAUUUGUAACUGCGCUGAUCUUUUUUAAGGGUACCCUUUAAAGCUAUCUCUUUUGCAAACAUUUGAAAAUUUUGAAACUUCAGCCUGAACAAUAAUCACAGAGCUAUCUGUUAGAGGUUUUAGGGCUUGAGCUAAAUUAAGCAAAGCCUGUUGACAUAGAUACACGAGGCACAUAUUUUCUGGUCGCUGGCUUGUUUUGUUUUCUUUUAGGUGUUGACAUUAUUUUUAACCUUCGUAGGUGGGAAUAACGCUGUCCCACAUGCCUUAAAGCUGGUUUACACUUCACGACAUCAGAAAUUUGCAUUCGUGUUAGCUUCCGUGCUAACUGCGAACCGAACUUUGCUCAGAAUUAUUGACGGGAUUGCAGAUACAAAUCUGUUCUGUUUUCCUGCUUGAACAUUUCUAGGGGAAGAAAUUGGUUGUGUUUUACAU